AUCGCACUAGGGGGAAGAGAAAAAAAAAAAGAGCGAGAUAGCAACAACAACAAGCAGGGCGACGACGACCAAAACGACUGUAGCUGCUCGUUCGCCGGGCGCCCAAAAAAAACACACUUUGGGCCUAGUCGCCUCCUCGCCAACAAGGAAACCGAUGUCACAAUGGCCGCAAAGUUCAGCCUCUCCGACAGCGAGUCUGAGCCCUCUGAGGAGGUAGACGAAGGGGACGACGGCCAAGGAGCCGCUGAAAAAAGAAAGGAGGAGAAGGAGAACCUCCGCCAAGGCCUUCAGCUCACCUUGCCGGAGCUCAGAACAGCAGCGACGUCCGGCCGAAUCCGGCUCAACUCGGAGUCCCUCACUUCAGCGGGUUCCCGAGACGAGGAGUUCCAGCCCAGGGCGGAAGAGGAGGCGGGCACGCCCACCGACGGAGCGCCAUUCCGGGGACGCUCCAAGUCGGCUCCCCCCUCGCUCUGGGCCGCCAAGAAAUACGGCCGGCAACUGCGACGCAUGAGCGAUGAGUUCGACAGCCUGUUGGACAAAGGGGAGUUGAAGUUCAAGAGCGCCGGCGGCACAUCCCGGUCGAUCCACCACUCCAAAACCUGGUGGAGCUAUCUCUUCAGCCACCAGGAGACGGAGAGCGAGAACAACCACCAUGACAACCACGCUUAUCGUACCGAGUAGAGACCACGAAGAGGAUUGCGGGGGGACUGAGGGGGGGGGGUCCUCCUUCACCGGACGUUUUGUCUGCAAUCAGUGAAGAGACGCAGUGAUUUUUCUUCAACUACUUUUUAUGUGACUUUUGACCGUAUUUCACAGGCGUGGUCUCGCGCCAACACUAUGCAACGGACGGGCAGACAGGUGCGUAGAUGUGGUCGAGUAAACAAACGGUGGACCUCAAGCCCGGCCGGUCCAACUCGUAAUGUUGCGCUGACUCGACUCAACAAUCAGAUGACGUGCAAAGAUUUUUGGUCAUUGUGGCCUGAUGCUUUUGCACUCUGCCGUAGGAAAUCAAUCAAGGAAAGAACAAUCUUGUACACAGACAAUCUAAAUCCAAUUUUUGGUCAUACGUCAGGGUUACUGAGAGGAAGUGACUUUUAAAAGCACAAAUUCAUAGGAGAUGUUUUAAAAGAUUUCUAAAAGGUGUAAAUAUUGUUGUGGCGCGGCGGCGAUCGGACCGUCUUGUGGUGUGGUCAUGUCGUGUUUCACAAUGUGUUUGCCUUCCAUGACGUCGCGAUUUGUGACACCAGGACAGAUUUGCUCGCGACUGAAGCGCUGGCAGGGACAGCCAUUUUGGCUCAAAUCGUCACGCCAUUUCCAAAUGACUUAACACUGGAUCAAUAUAUGUUUUGGCUUGUUCUGAUGGCCGCGUGAAGAUUUAGCCUUGAGCCCUAUGUGAUGAUUAACGGAUGAUAAUCGGUGCGCUACUUCUGCCUUUGAAUGCUUUUAUUGUAGAUUCUCCAAACAGAAAUCAAGACAAUCUAAUUGGCCAUUUUUUUUCUUCCUUUUUUGACAUUCACCCAAGUGUGUAUUUCAAUAUUAUUGUCCCAGUUGUGAUUAUAAAUAGACUGAAAAUGAUAUCUAUACCCCGCAAGACUUUUUAAGAAUAUUCUGCAAAGGAGUGAUGCGACCAUUAUGUAUGAAAUGUUUUGGGACAACAAGUAUUCCUGUCGGGGUGGCGCCGCGUUUAGCGUGCGCACGCACGGUGCCGACACGAUCAACUGAAUCUUGUCAAAUGCCUUCAAAUCAUUGUGAAUGCGACGCCACACGGUACCGCCUUAAAACGUCAACACGUAAUGACGCUGAAGUCACACUGAAGAAAAGAAAAAAAAAAAAGACAAAGAAACUUGGGCAUGUGCAGUCUGGCAAUGGUAUUACUUGAAUCUGUGUGGAAAAGA